AUGCGGUUGCAUCAUCACCAGUGGGCUGAGUGGAGUUCGGAAAAUACUGAGAAUAAGAAGACAAAAGUCAGUAAGCAGUCUUUGAAAGAAAAGCAAGCAGCAGAAAAGUUAGCAAAGAAAGCUGCAAACGAAAUGAACAAGAUUUACAAGCCUGGAGAGUGUAUGAAGCAUAUGAACAUAGAGAUCCACCCAACCCUCGCUGCCGAAUGGUACAUGGCUAACGUCCAGACCGAAGCAGCAGCGGCGGGCGCGCGUAUCGUCCCUGCCCCAGACCUAUUCCAUCCUGGACUUGUGGUGUGGACGCGGACUGUGCCUCCGACACUGUGCGACACAGGGGGAAAUUUAGCGCUAUCAUCCAACAAGGAGGCGUGCGCGCGCGCGCUUUACGUCAUCACAGCGGACGACAUACACGAGCACGUGUCGGGGAAGACGCUCUCGCGACACGUCGGACAGCUGAGGGAGAUGGUGGACAGGGAACUGACGCUGGUCGUGUUCGGGGCUAAGGACUUCUUCAAAAAAUCGGGACGCCAAACUGUAAAUAGCAGGAAAAUGACUGAACUGGAAUUAGAAAUGGCCAUAACAGAUUUGUUGGUAACCGCGAGCUGCGAUACGGUGAUGGUGGAAACGCCGAGUGAACUUGCGCUGCUGAUUGUUCAGUUCACGAAGGCCAUCGCCGAGGCGCCGCACAAGAACGCUAAGAAGUCGUGGGACGAACAGGCAGAGUUCUACAUGAGAGGCGACAAGAAAAACAGCGUCACUGUGGACAAAGAUGGUAACGGCUUAGCGCGGUUAUGGCAACAGAUCAUAGCAGUGCUGCCAAACUCGAGCUUGGAGACCUCCCGGUCACUGUGUGAGGAGUUUAAGUCGCCUCUCGCUCUUUAUGAGGCCUUCCUCUCAUCUGGCGUGACCCCCGUGGCGGACGUGAGUGUGUCCCGCGCGGGGGCCCCGGGGGCGCGCGGGCGCCGCGUGGGCCCCGAGAUGGCGGCUAAACUACACGCCUUGCUCACGCAAGAAGAUGGCAACACGCUUGUAGGUUAGCACUGGCAACACAGUGACGGCCUGUGGCCGAAAACGAUGAAAGGGAGAUGUCAAAAAUUAUUGUUAAUUUAUUUUUGCUAUCGACAGUGCUUAUGCGACAGCGCACAUUGGGCGACAAAUAACGCGCGCAUGCGUUUUUUGGCUGCGUCUCUCGCCGCGUUUUGUCGCCCAAUGGGCGCUGUCGCUAAGUAUAGUUCCAAAAUACUGAACUGUCCUGUCCAUGACAUACACAGUGGGGCGCCACCGUCAAUACCGGAU